AUGGAUAUAUACGAUAAAGUGGAAUACAACAAUAUCUUAAAUAGCGGUGUUAUUGCAUUAGGUGGAUUGUUAUGCGAAAUUGACGAAUAUUUACCAGCACCGAAAAUUUUAAUUUGUACAAAAUGUAAUUGUCCAGGUCAUACAAGAAAAUCUUGUCGAUUACAUUAUGAAAGAUGUAGAAGGUGUGGAAAUAAUCGAAGUAAUGGGGAUCACAAGGAAUGCGAUACUACAUGCCAUCACUGCGGUGGUGAGCAUCAAGCAAAUGAUUAUAAAUGCCCUAUCUUACUUCAAUUUCGACGUGAUCUUAUUCAACAAUUAAGAGAAAAUCCUAAUCGACUUCCUUCUCAUAUUCAGAUGUUUAUUCCACAGGAUUGUAGAACAUAA